UGGGAUGUUUACAUGGUCGUUUAAAACCAUAAAGUCGGUUUUAUCGCCUGUAAGAAUGUGGUGUCGUAAGCAGUCGGGUCCGGCGCUCAUCGUAGCGCCGCCCAGUGAGGCAUUAACCGCCGCAGUGAAUGAUUGAAGGAGCCACAGUCCUUCAGCCCCACUCAGCGAACGCUCCUCAGACUUUGAUCUGACGGACCGGAGACAACACCUUUCCUCGGCCCGCCUGACGCGAGUGCAGUCGUCGUGAUGGCGAGGACGCCGGCGACCUUCCUGCUGCUCCUCCUCCUCGUCUCCUCCGGACUCCACGUCUCCUGCGGCUGUCCGGACUCCUGCGCCUGCCGCGCCCCCUCCCUGUUGAACUGCUCCUCCGCCGGCCUGACCUCGGCCCCCCGACCCAUCCGGGCCUCCGUCGCCCAGCUGGACCUGUCCCACAACCUCCUCCGGGCGGUGGCCUUCGACGGGCCGCGUCCUAACCUCCGGGACGUGUGGCUCGGGGACAACGGCGUCGAGCGCUUGUCCCUCUGCGUGGGGGGCGAGACCGGACGGACGCGGAGGGGCCGGGCGUGCGAGUCCUGGGCCCCCGCCCUGCAGCUGCUGUCUGUGGAGAGGAACCGGCUCCAGGCGCUCCCCCAGGGGCUGGAGAGCAGCAGGUCCCUGCAGGUUCUGCAGCUUUCCUACAACAGGAUCUCAGCCCUACGACCCGGAGACCUUCGUCACCUCCAACAGCUGGAAGAGCUCCACCUUCACCACAACCUCAUCCGGAGUCUCCAUCCACAGACCUUCCAGGGUUUGACCCGGCUUCGGGUCCUUGAUCUGAGCUUCAACAUGUUGACCAGCCUCCAUCCCUCCACCUACCUUUCCCUGCGUCACGUGGGGGCGGAGGUGGCGCUGGGCGGGAACAGGUGGCGGUGCGACUGCGGCGCGCGCGGCCUGAGAAGGCGGAUGUCCUACGACGGCAGCAGAGGCCUGCGGGCCUGGAGCCUGGUCUGCGCCUCCCCCGCCGCCCUCGCGGGCAGAGACCUGCUGCGGCUGGAGGACCACGACCUCGACUGUUCGGGCGCCGACGGCGGAGCGGAGCUCCACCGGGACGUGACGGUGCGCAGGGGCUCUGAGAUACUGCUGACUUGUGCUCGACAAGAUUUGUCUUGGUGGACGCCCAGCGGAGAAGCUUCUGUGAGUCAACCUCAGGCCGGUCUGCUCAUCAGCGACUUCCAGGAAACAGACACAGGACUGUAUGUGUGUGUGUCUGAAAAACUAGAAGUUGUGUCCGUGUUUGACCUCCAAAUCAGUGAAGUAGGAGAAUCGAGAAGAAAAGCACGAAGUUUACCCGGAAUCAGCCGACAAAUGAUCCCACGAGAAACUCCGGACAGUUCAGACCGAGGAAGGAAUCAGUUAAUCAGAGCUACGCAGUCCGAGUUGGAUCUGGCUGUGUGUUUGUCUGUUUUCAUCACGUUUGUGGUAUCCUUUGUCCUGGGAGUCCUAGCGAGACCUUGUGUUGACGUUCUCCUGAGAAGGUUCACCAGGGAGAAAAGCUCUGCAACCACGUCUGUCUCAGCUGUGGAGCAAAGGCAAUAUGACAAUGAGGCCUUCUGCCACAGCGAGGAGCCAGUUUUCACAGGACCUCACAGAGAGAGGAGGGUUACAUUCAGCACCAUAGACCUCACAGAAGAAGGCCAUGUCAAAUAUUAUGACACCGUAAACGCUGGCAACCAGGAACGUGUCAAUGAUGACGCAGUGAUUGAAUGUGAACCGGCCGAAGCUGAGAGGGAUACCAACGCAGCUGGAGGUUCAGGAAGCAAAAUCAGUGUGCGAGAGAGUGGUGCGGAGGAAAGCCAGAUGGACCUCUCAGGCCGCACACAUGAGAAAGAGUUUGAACACAUCCCAGAUUCUGUUGAGCGGAGGGGAAGCGUGUCCUCACGCUCAGAUUCUUCACGGUCCGACAAAGUAGUCAACUCAACACAGACGUCUCGUAAGCGAGAAGAAGACUCUGUUCAGCAAAGAGCCGAUUACUCAACAGCUGCUGAAGAAGAUGUGGUACACAUUUCAUUAGAGGGCCCAAGUGGACUUGGCUUUCCUACAGAGCCUUUUGCCGAUUGGUCCCCGCAUGCAAAGGACACCAAUCUAUCAGAUCCAGGUCUGUGGCAGGAGAACGAGGAACAAUUUGAAUUCAGCGAUUCCGCUCAAAGCACAUCCGCGAGGUCCAGCACUGUGCGCGGCUCUUUCAAUGAUUCAAGGCUGGUGUCAACCUUGAAUAAACAGAAGUGGGUUGAUUCGUCAAACUCUAGCUCAAAUGUUUCAGAGGAUGAGCGUACACAAAACACCGUGAACAAAGUGGCCGAGGAUUUAGAAAGAAACCUCAGAAAGGAUGGUAACUUUGAACAGCGGAUCCUGGAUGACGAUGCCAUCGGGCCUUCAGUUCAAUUUAAUCAGGGGGAUUACAGACCUGCAGUUAGACCAGGGGAGUCCUUUUCCUCUUUGUCCAGUGACGGCAAAGGGUUCACGGUAAAAAAAGGGCGCGUGCCCAGUUUGGUCGCUACCAGUCACGGUGAGAGUCUUAACACCAGCGCAGAGGCUUCAUCACCUGCAGCUCACAGAUCCUCUUCAAGCAGUGAAAGUGAUGCUGAACACAAACAUGACCUGACAAAGCCCAUCAAGAGACGUGCACCGCAGCCACCAACUCAUUCUGACUCUAGAGUUGAGGGGGAAAAUAAGACAAUGAACCACAUGCAGAAGCGAGGCGCAACGAGCGCGAAGGGGCUUCAAAUUGGAGUAUCUCAAACAGGGCGUCAUGAUCCAGACACAAGGUGGCCUGUGCUGGAUCUUGAGCAUAUUCCUCACAUCAAGAGGCGUCUAGAUAUCAAAGGACCAUCACAUGACUCAUCUUCUAUUAAGACUCGGGAUGAAACCACUCGCUACACAAAGAGGCCUGUAAAGAUGAAGACUGCAGGACCUCCAGUUCUAGUAUCUCAAACAGGAAGUCAUAAUCCAGACUCAAGGUGGCCUGUUCUAGAUCUUGAGCAUAUUCCUCACAUCAAGAGGCGUCUAGAUAUCAAAGGACCAUCACAUGACUCAUCUUCUAUUAAGACUCGGGAUGAAACCACUCGCUACACAGAGAAGCCUGGGAAUGUGGGGAUUGUAGGACCUUCAGUUCUAGUAUCCCAAACAGGAAGUCAUAAUCCAGACUCAAGGUGGCCUGUUCUAGAUCUUGAGCAUAUUCCUCACAUCAAGAGACGUUUAGACAUCAAAGGACCAUCACCUGACUCAUCUUCUAGUAGUGACAGUGACCAAAUAAAGAAACCGGCGCAGGGAAACCUGUCCAUGGCAAAGCUUCCCAGUGAAGUAUCUCAAACUGUAAGCUAUGACCAACAAACCAAGUGGCCUGUCCUUGAUCUUGGGGCCACUACACGCAUCAAGAGGCGUCUAGACAUCAAAGGACCCUCACCUGACUCAACUUCCAGUAGUGACAGUGAGGAUGAAACAACUUGCUACACAGAGAAGCCUGGGAAUGUGGGGAUUGUAGGACCUUCAGUUCUAGUAUCCCAAACAGGAAGUCAUAAUGCAGACUCAAGGUGGCCUGUUCUAGAUCUUGAGCAGAUUCCUCACAUCAAGAGGCGUUUAUACAUCAAAGGACCAUCACCUGACUCAUCUUCUAGUAGUCACAGUGACCAAAUAAAGAAACCGGCGGAGGGAAACCUGUCCAUGGCAAAGCUUCCCAGUGAAGUAUCUCAAACUGUAAGCUAUGACCAACAAACCAAGUGGCCUGUCCUUGAUCUUGGGGCCACUACACGCAUCAAGAGGCGUCUAGACAUCAAAGGACCAUCACCUGACUCAACUUCCAGUAGUGACAGUGAGGAUGAAACAACUUGCUACACAGAGAAGCCUGGGAAUGUGGGGAUUGUAGGACCUUCAGUUCUAGUAUCCCAAACAGGAAGUCAUAAUGCAGACUCAAGGUGGCCUGUUCUAGAUCUUGAGCAUAUUCCUCACAUCAAGAGGCGUUUAGACAUCAAAGGACCAUCACCUGACUCAUCUUCUAGUAGUGACAGUGACCAAAUAAAGAAACCGGCGCAGGGAAACCUGUCCAUGGCAAAGCUUCCCAGUGAAGUAUCUCAAACUGUAAGCUAUGACCAACAAACCAAGUGCCCUGUCCUUGAUCUUGGGGCCACUACACGCAUCAAGAGGCGUCUAGACAUCAAAGGACCCUCACCUGACUCAACUUCCAGUAGUGACAGUGAGGAUGAAACAACUUGCUACACAGAGAAGCCUGGGAAUGUGGAGAUUGUAGGACCUUCAGUUCUAGUAUCCCAAACAGGAAGUCAUAAUGCAGACUCAAGGUGGCCUGUUCUAGAUCUUGAGCAGAUUCCUCACAUCAAGAGGCGUUUAUACAUCAAACCCCGAUCACCAACUCCGGAUUCAUUGUCCAGUGGUGGGGGUAUGAACAAAAUGAGUUCUCGACGCUCAUCGAGCAGCUCAGAUGAGCAAGAGGGGAAUGUAAAGAAUGUAAGAUACCAUCAAACAACAGUAGAUCCAGAUGGAAGAUGGCCCGACCCGGAACUCCGCAGUGUCUUCCACGUUAAAAAGCGCCUGGAUAUUAAAGCACGUUCUCCACCACCACCUGAGUCCUCUUCUAGCAGUGAUCAUGAGAGUGAAGCUCGAUGUACAAAUGUGGAGAAGCAGAGAACUUACGUAGGGAUUACAGGUUAUCAAUCAGAUCGAUUGUCUGGCACGAAAAAGCGUUUGAAUAUCAAAGGACCUUCUCAACCGAUGGAUUCUGAAUCAAUCUCCUCCGGGGAGGACGAGAACGCUAAAGGAUUGGAACUAUCGUCCGUAUUAAAAGCCACCAAAAAGGAGGUCACUAUAUUGCCAAAUACCCAAGUGAUAAGCACGUCUCGCAGUCCAAAGACCGAUAACAGUAUCCAAUUAGAAAAGUAUACAGUUAUUACAGAAGAAGUGGGGGACAAAACAAGUGUGAAUAUCAGCGCAACACCGGAGAUAAACCCAGAACUUCAGUCACGUUGGGCAACCAUGAACCUGGGUGUCUCCCGGUUUAGAAAGCGCCUUGAUAUCACAGCGAAUACACGUGAACCACCAAGCCUGUCCUUGUUAGCUCCACCUGACUCCCCCUCAUCUUCCAGCAGUGGGACUGAGAGUACAAGCAACAGAACUCAAGGUAAUGGAAAGGGUGCUGGAGUGCAAGGAAUCAUAUACAAAGAAUCAACUAUAAUCCCUGAAGACAAACCAGGGAAGGUUUCUCUUGGUUUGAAAGGUCGAGACCACUCUGGCGACGCAGUUCAGGGCACAGAAAAAUCCACAAAAGACUAUAACCGACCAACAACUGAGAGAAAACCAGAUACUUUGUUGACUGAUUUUAGUAUCCCACAUGUUAAAAGGUACCUGGAUAUCAAAGUAAAUGAAAAGGUUCCACCAUUAGAGCAGCUUCCUGAUUCCUUUUCCAGCAGCAGUGAGAAUGAGGAUGCAUCAACAAAACCUGUAGGUGAAGGGUGGAGGAAGGAAGCGUCCCAACAUCCUACCUCUUUGUAUUCGACCCAAGCAGUCACUGUCAAACCGAGCCAAACAGAGUUGGGGCGGACGAAGGACGAGGCAGAGCUCGACAGAAAAUUGGACUCGGUGCGGCCUGAGUUGAGUCUCGCCAACAUACCCCGUGUCAGGAGAGCUUUGGAUAUCAGAGCACAGAGAGAAUCCCGCUCCAGCGAGAACGAGACAACGAGCCUCAGUGUUCCCAAUCUGAGUCUCGGUGUCCCACGAGUGAAGAGGCGUCUGAAUGUCAAGGGGCCGCUGCCAUCUUCUUCCAGCGAGAGCGAAAGUGACACCAACCAAAGCAGAUCUGCAUCAAACAUGUCGGGAAUGACAGACAAUGACUCUCUAAUUGCUUACAAGCGCGUAAUCAUGAAAACAUCGCCGCUGCCAGGUUGGUCUUCCUCCCAGAGUGGCCAGCGUGAAACUGAACGUGUUGAACAAGAAAGUCCAUCCUUUGCCCCAAAGAGAGUUCCCCGCGUGGGCUUUGACAACGUGGUGGACGGAAGAACCGGGCGGCCUAUAGGUGGUGCGGACAUACCAACAGAGAUACGAUGGACCAGCAUCGGCCGCCAGAUGCCCGACCUCUCCGUCCCGAGUCCAACGGGACGCUCUUCUCCCGUUGCCCGUGAUGUUUCUCUUUCACCCGGCAGAGGUUUUGAGAAGCUUGACGCACCCAAGGCCAGGAACGAAAGGAGAGGCCUCGGUGCCCUGAAGGCCAUGUCUUCGGACAGACGCAAGUGGGACGCCACAGAGGGAAAUUGGGCUUCGGUUGCAGCUCCUCGGUCGGAUGAUACCAGGUUUGAGAAUCACAGGUCUGCGGGGGAGGUCGAGUCGUCAACUUCAAGAGAAACAGAUUUGCUGUACGGCAUUCCCCGAUACAGGAGGCACGACCUCGGAGGUACUGGACCGCCACGGGAAGCCCCGCCUCUUAUCCCCACGACACAGUCCCCGCCGUAAGGCUUACGUGGAGGUCUACAGAGAGCAGGAAGUAGGAAGUAGGAGGGGAAAUGGCCCAUUUUUCAUCGCUACCAUAAAACCUAAUAAGACUAUUCCCCAAAAGGAGAUGAGUGAGUUCUGAUUUUUAAAGUCAUUGGCUUCCAAAACACCUAUAAAACAAGCAAAUGACUGGCAUUGAUGUUGUACACGAUUGAAUAGCCCAAAUGCUGAUUACAUUCUAUUGUGGAGUACCAUCUUCUGAUGAAACGAAAAAUCCAUUUGUUUUUAGCUUCUGAAGGCUCGGUUUAACCGUUCUGAUUUACCUCACUUCUGUGAAUGAAUUAUUGAUUAGAACAAUGUCUACCCUGUGAUCGAUUGUGUAAAACAAAUCCAUAUCAACUUAAUAGUCAUGUAUUAUUAAAACGCCUUAAAAAAAAUCUCUGAACAAUACAACUUUCAUCUAUGGAGUGCAUCUAAAAAAGAACAAGGAACUUUGGUAAAAGUCUUAACUUAAGAAGCCAAUGAAAGCCAGUUAGUUAAUAAACCCUUUUAUUUAUGUAUAUAGACAUUAGGUUAUAGUGAAAACUGACAGACACUUACAUAGUGUACAUACAUAUUUACAUUUGGGACAAGGGUGUUCGUCCUCCUGCAUCCUCAUGGGAGAAAUACUAAAACAUUGCUCUCGGCACAGUAUUUGGUAAGCAAUCGACCUCCAGAUGUGAUGCUGAGCAUUCAGCCACAACCAGAGAAACACAGUUUCAGCUGCAGUGGAUUUCAACGCGUUUCUUCUUCACAGCACAUUUCCACGUGUAUUUUUAUGUAAAUAUAAAAUAAAUAAAAUGAGAUCCCGGCCGCCCAAAGCUUUGCAGGGGGGGGGCGAAGAUGCGUCAAGAUGGGCCGAAUGCAGGAGGGGAACUCGUGCUCCCCCUGUGAGGUCACGGCUCUCAAGAGAAAUGUCAUUUCAUCAGAAUUAACAUAACAUGGUCGUGAAUAUCGAAAUAAUUAAGCACAAAACACACAAAAAUUCCUGUACAAAACAAAAGAAACAUAAAAAAUAAAA